GUGUGCGGAAGUAUUAUUUCUGUUUUUCGUGAAUUCCAACAAUUCAACCGUGAAAAUGGAUAACAAAGAACAAUCGCGCGGAAAUGGAGAGCCAAAUCCGAGGCGAAAAAGCCGAAAUCCAUACCUAAAUUUUUUAAGUGAAUUCAGAAGCAAAAAUUUAAACCUAUCGGCGGUGGAGGUAAUCCGCCGGGGAGCGGCUUACUGGCGCCAGCUAACGGAGGAGCAGAAGCUACCGUAUGUGCGGUUGGCGUUCUAUGCACCGAUGCGGCCCCGAAGAUGUCCCAUGUGUGGCAUGCGUUAUCGCACGAAACGAGCCUCGGGCGCCCAAUCGUCGGCACGGCAGGGCAAGCUUGUGAAAUCCCAGCAAAUGCGAAUGCCACCGAAGAAGCAACACUAACGGCGACAUACCGUACGCCUUCACCCGCUGACACUCCGUGGCAAAAAAGGAAAUAACUUUUGAUACUACUUGAAAUAUAUGUACAGAUAUCC